GUUCCAGGGGACAAUGACAGAGACGUACCCAUUCAGGAAGUUAGUGGUAAUCGGCGCGUUGUUGUGUACACGCUUGUUGUACAAGGCGUCGUUUUUUCACCACGUUUAUGUCAAAGUAAUUAACUGUUGAGAUGGCGACUACUACGGAGAAAGAACCCGCUGCUAAGAAGGCUGCAGCGCCUUCAGUGUCUCAGAUAAAUGCAGAAUAUGUCACCCAGUUGGCUAAUAAGUAUUGGGCCCCUCAAGCUAAAAAUAAGCUACCGUUUGACCCCAAGGUGAUGGAGGAUGUCUACGAAAAGGAAAUUGUGCAGUCCAAAUUUUCUAUCAGAAAAAUUAUGCUGCUUGAAUUCAGCCAAUACCUUGAGAACUACCUUUGGGUGAAUUACACACCAGAUGUGUCCAGCAAAGCUUUUAUGAUGUCCAUUUGUUGCAUUGUCAAUGAGAAGUUUAGAGAAAAUGUUCCAGCAUGGGAGGUGUUUAAGAAGAAGCCCAGCCACUUCCCCUUCUUCUUCAAAUGCGUGAUGGAAGCUGUGUUGACAGGCGAUGAUGCUGGACUCUGUCUGAAGGAACAAACUGUUCUCCUGGUUUUCCUGGAUCACUGCUUCAACAGCCUGGAGGUUGAUUUGAUCAGAGAACAGGUACAGCAGCUCGUCUCCCUGCCAAUGUGGAUGUGCCUCUUACCAUCUAGGCUGCAGCAGGAGCUGAAAAAAGUCCCAAAGCUGCAAAAGUUCUGGAAUCUAAUCAAGAAGAAAUUUGACCAGAUGGAUGCUGAUGCGGCUAAGCAGGCAAUCAAAGAAAGGACCUUUCUCUCAGCUCUCAUUAAAAAGUUUCUCGGCGUUCUCAUGUCAGUUCCACCAACAGGGCCUCUGUCAAUGGACAAAGUCCAUUAUUGUGAAAGAUUCAUUGAGCUCAUAAUUGAUUUGGAGGCGCUGCUGCCCACCAGACGAUGGUUCAACACAAUGCUGGACGACUCUCAUCUUGUGGUCAGCUGCCAACUCUCUGGCCUCCUUAAAAGAGAAACGGAGGGCCACCUCUUUUGUCAGCUUCUCGACAUGCUAAAGUUUUACUCUGGUUUUGAGAUCAAUGAUCAGACAGGAAAUGCUCUUACGCAGAAAGAAAUGACCACGUUGCACUAUGACAAGAUCACUUCUCUGCAGAGAGCAGCCUUUUCUCAUUUUCCAGAGCUGAAUGACUUUGCGAUGUCCAACGUAGCAGCAGUGGACACUCGGGAAACCUUGACCAAACACUUUGGCCAUCUUAGUCCCAACAUGCUCCACCGGGUGGCCUCAUACCUGUGUUUGCUGCCAGAGCUGCCUGAAGGACAAGACACCACCAUUGAAAAAGACUUUCUUCUUGAGUUGCUGGUGUCCCGUCAUGAGCGCAGGAUCUCUCAGAUUGAGCAACUGAACCAGAUGCCGCUUUAUCCAACAGAGAAGAUUAUCUGGGAUGAAAACAUUGUCCCAACAGAGUACUACUCAGGGGAAGGCUGCCUUGCUUUACCAAAGCUUAAUCUUCAGUUCCUGACCCUCCAUGACUAUCUGCUGAGGAACUUCAAUCUCUUUCGUCUGGAGUCCACAUAUGAGAUUAGACAGGACAUAGAAGAUGUGGUUUGGAGAAUGAAACCAUGGCAGUCAGAAUAUGGUGGCGUGGUGUUUGGCGGCUGGGCGAGGAUGGCUCAGACCAUUACCGCCUUUUCCAUAGUAGAGGUCGCCAAGCCCAACAUAGGAGAGAGCUGGCCUGCACGUGUACGAGCUGAUGUCACAGUUAACCUCAAUGUGCAAGAUCAUAUCAAGCAUGAGUGGGAAGGUCUGCGGAAGCACGACGUUUGCUUCCUGAUUACUGUACGGCCCAACCUGCCCUACGGCACCCGCUUCGACCGGCGCCAGUCCUUUGUGGAGCAGACUGGCCUUGUGUAUGUGAGAGGCUGUGAGGUGCAGGGUAUGCUGGAUGAGAAGGGACGCGUCAUUGAGGAAGGACCUGAGCCGAAGCCAAAGCUUCGUGGGGACAACAGAACAUUCAGAGUGUGGCUGGAUCCGAACCAGUACCAACAAGACAUGACGAGCAGCAUCCAGAAUGGCACAGAAGAUCCAUAUGAGACUUUUAACAUCAUCAUGAGGCGUAAACCCAAGGAGAACAAUUUCAAGGCGGUGUUGGAGACCAUCAGAAACCUGAUGAACACAGAAUGUGUUGUCCCAGACUGGCUUCACGACAUCAUCAUUGGCUACGGUGACCCAGGCAGCGCCCACUACUCCAAGAUGCCCAAUCAAAUCUCUACGUUGGAUUUCAACGACACUUUUCUUUCCCUUGAGCAUUUGCGAUCUGCCUUCCCGGGUUACUCCAUAAAGGUCUCAGAGGAGAACGCCGACCUUCAAAUCCCUCCUUUCAGAAUCAAGUUUCCCAAUCAAAAGAAAGCAGACAAAGGGAAGAAGAGAAAGGCCAAUGAAGAUGGGGAAGAAAAAGAGGAAGAGAAGAUCUUGAUUGUGGAGCCAUACGUCACUCCCAACCGUGGACCAUAUCCCUACAACCAACCCAAACGGAAUACAAUUCAGUUCACGCCUACUCAGAUUGAAGCCAUUCGAGCUGGAAUGCAGCCAGGACUAACUAUGGUUGUGGGACCACCAGGCACUGGAAAGACUGAUGUUGCGGUGCAGAUCAUCUCAAACAUCUACCACAAUUUUCCUGACCAGAGGACGCUUAUUGUCACCCACUCUAAUCAGGCUUUAAACCAACUGUUUGAGAAGAUCAUGGCUUUGGACAUCGAUGAGCGCCACCUUCUGCGUCUGGGCCAUGGUGAGGAGGAGCUGGAGACUGAGAAAGACUUCAGCAGAUAUGGAAGAGUGAACUACGUUCUGGCAAGAAGACUGGAGCUUCUCAAGGAGGUGGCAAGGCUUCAGGAGAGCCUGGGCGUCCCAGGAGAUGUGUCAUACACCUGUGAAACUGCUGGUCACUUCUACCUCUAUCAGGUUAUGUCCCGCUGGGAGGAAUACAUGAGCAAAGUCAAACCCAAACAAGGCAAAAAAGCGGACGUGGGCGAUGUUGCUGCACAUUUUCCCUUCCACAAGUACUUCUCCAACGCGCCGCAGCCUGUUUUUAAAGGCCGAUCAUACGAGGAGGACAUGGACAUCGCAGAGGGCUGUUACCGCCACAUCAAGAAAAUAUUCACCCAGCUGGAGGAGUUUAGGGCCUUUGAGUUGCUCAGAAGUGGACUGGACCGUACCAAGUAUUUGCUUGUGAAAGAGGCCAAAAUCAUUGCCAUGACCUGCACGCAUGCAGCACUCAAACGUCAUGACCUGGUGGAGCUUGCUUUCAAGUAUGACAACAUUCUGAUGGAAGAAGCUGCUCAAAUUCUGGAGAUUGAGACCUUCAUCCCCCUUUUGUUACAGAACCCAGAGGAUGGUUACAGCAGACUGAAGCGUUGGAUUAUGAUUGGAGACCACCACCAGCUGCCCCCUGUCAUCAAGAACAUGGCCUUCCAGAAGUACUCCAACAUGGAGCAGUCUCUCUUCACUAGAUUUGUGCGCCUGGGAGUUCCCACCAUAGACUUGGAUGCACAGGGCCGUGCACGCGCCAGCCUUUGUAACCUUUACAACUGGCGCUAUAAACAUCUGGGUAACCUGCCUCAUGUCCAGCAACUUCCCGAGUUCCAAGUGCCCAAUCCCGGCCUGACCUUUGACUUUCAGCUGAUCAACGUGGAGGACUUUAACGGGGUGGGCGAAACCGAGCCCACUCCUUACUUUUAUCAGAACCUGGCUGAGGCGGAGUACUCGGUGGCUCUUUUCAUGUACAUGCGUCUGCUGGGUUAUCCUGCUGAUCGCAUCAGCAUCCUGACCACAUACAAUGGACAAAAACACCUGAUCAGGGAUGUCAUCAACCAACGCUGUGCUUCAAAUCCUUUCUUCGGCCAGCCGAACAAGGUUACAACUGUGGACAGGUUCCAAGGGCAACAAAACGACUACAUCAUCCUCUCACUGGUCCGAACCAAAGCUGUGGGACAUCUGAGGGAUGUGCGGCGUCUGGUUGUGGCCAUGUCAAGAGCCAGAUUGGGUCUGUACAUCUUUGCUCGGGUGUCACUGUUCCAGAACUGCUUUGAGCUGACUCCUGCCUUCAACCAGCUCACUGCCAGGCCGCUGCAGCUGCACAUCAGACCGCACGAAUACUACAACCAGGAACAGCCUAGAGAUGAGUCUGGGCAGCCAAACCAAGUGGUGAAGGACAUGCCAGAGAUGGCAAAUCUUGUGUACAACAUGUACAUGCACAUGAUGCAUCGCUCCCAGAAGUACAGACAGGAGCAGCAGCAGCAGAAGAUGGCUUUGCCACCACAACAAACCAAGACGGAUGCUGGAGCUGAGGAAGCACCAGACAACUCCCAGAAACCACAGGAUGACACCCCCAUGGAGCAAGACACCCCAGGAGACACGGGCUCCGAGCCAAACACAGGAGACACCAGCGAGGCCCCGACUGACCAGGGAACAGAAAACCAUGCCAAGAUGCCCGAGCAUCCAGGCCGAGACAGCGACAGUGAUGAAGACGAGGCUGGUGAUCAGUAGAGCAUCCUCUGUGGGGCUGCUGUUGAGGGAACAGUUGAUUCCUUUGGAUAAAGGAAGUUUGUUUUCAUUGAUUAUGAACAAGCGUUUUUUUUUUUUUUUACUGCAGAAAAACCAUUUUGAUAAAGUUUUAUUUUUUUCUUACGUCUUAGUAUGUGUUGCCAUCAAUAAAUGAUUAAAAAAAAUCUGAAAUCCCUUUU